GCUCCUCGCAGUAAUGGUGAUCCUCCAGAAAAGCUGUGUACUGUCUACCAUGAGUCAGUCUGAGGAGGAAGAUGAGGGGGUCCCGACCUUCAGCACCUCUCUGUCUGAGGGAGAUGAGAGGACUGAGCAGAAAAGAGCAGAUUCUCCUGCACCAACCUGUGUGUCCAUGAAGAGUGACCACUCCAUGGAUUACCCCAUGGUUUUCAAACAGUCUGAGCAGGAAAGAGCAGAUUCUCCUGCACCAAGCUGUGUGUCCAUGAAGAGUGACCAGUCCAUGGAUUACCCCAUGGUGUUCAGACAGCAAGAUUCAAUUUCUGUGACUGAGCAAAAAAGUGCAGAUUCUCCUGCACCAACUUGUGUGUCCAUGAAGAGUGACCAGUCCAUGGAUUACCCCAUGGUGAUCAGACAGCAUGAUUCAAUUUCUAAGGCUGAGCCGGAAAGAGCAGAUUCUUCUGCACCAAGCCUUGUGUCCAUGAAGAGUGACCAGUCCAUGGAUUACCCCAUGGUGUUCAAACGGCAAGAUUCAAUUUCUAAAGUUCACCAGGAGACGUCAGAUGUUUCCACUGAUAGUGAAACUGGGCUGGACUCCAUAUUUACGCUGCUUGAGGAGAACAUUGUUGCUUUUGCGAAGAACGAGCUUAAGAAGUUCAAGAAGAUUCUGAGUCCAGAUUCCAAAGAGUGCUUCGAGAGCAAAGGUGAAGACGAGGAGGAGGUUAGUGGAGAAGUGGAAGAGCAGAGGAGGAGCAGCAGAGAGGCAUUUUUAAAGAUCACACUGCACUUCCUGAGGAGAAUGAAGCAGGAGAAGCUGGCUGACUCUCUUCAGAACAAAUUGUUUGCUGCAGUUUGGCACUGUGAACUUAAAUCUAACCUACAGAAGAAGUUCCAGUGUGUGUUUGAGGGGAUCGCUAAAGCAGGAAACCCAACCCUUCUGAAUCAGAUCUACACAGAGCUCUACAUCACAGAGGGAGGGACUGCAGAGGUCAAUGAUGAACAUGAGGUCAGACAGAUUGAAACAGCAUCCAGGAAACCAGACAGACCAGAAACAACCAUCAGACAAGAAGACAUCUUUAAAGCCUCACCUGGAAGAGAUGAACCAAUCAGAACAGUGAUGACAAAGGGAGUGGCUGGCAUUGGGAAAACAGUCUUAACACAGAAGUUCACUCUGGACUGGGCUGAAGACAAAGCCAACCAGGACAUACAGUUCACAUUUCCAUUCACUUUCAGAGAGCUGAAUGUGCUGAAAGAGAAAAAGUACAGCUUGGUGGAACUUGUUCAUCACUUCUUUACUGAAACCAAAGAAGCAGGAAUCUGCAGGUUUGAAGAGUUCCAGGUUGUGUUCAUCUUUGACGGUCUGGAUGAGUGUCGACUUCCUCUGGACUUCCACAACAAUGAGAUCCUGACUGAUGUUACAGAGUCCACCUCAGUGGAUGUGCUGCUGACAAACCUCAUCAGGGGGAAACUGCUUCCCUCUGCUCGCCUCUGGAUAACCACACGACCUGCAGCAGCCAAUCAGAUCCCUCCUGACUGUGUUGACAUGGUGACAGAGGUCAGAGGGUUCACUGACCCACAGAAGGAGGAGUACUUCAGGAAGAGAUUCAGAGAUGAGGAGCAGGCCAGCAGAAUCAUCUCCCACAUCAAGAGAUCACGAAGCCUCCACAUCAUGUGCCACAUCCCAGUCUUCUGCUGGAUCACUGCUACAGUUCUGGAGGAUGUGAUGAAGACCAGAGAGGGAGGAGAGCUCCCCAAGACCCUGACUGAGCUGUACAUCCACUUGCUGUUGGUUCAGACCAAAGUGAAGAACAUCAAGUAUGAUGGAGGAGCUGAGACAGACCCACACUGGAGUCCAGAAAACAGGAAGAUGAUUAAGUCUCUGGGAAAACUGGCUUUUGAUCAGCUGCAGAAAGGCAACCUGAUCUUCUAUGAAUCAGACCUGACAGAGUGUGGCAUCGAUAUCAGAGCAGCCUCAGUGUACUCAGGAGUGUUCACACAGAUCUUUGCAGAGGAGAGAGGACUGCACCAGGACAAGGUGUUCUGCUUCAUCCAUCUGAGUGUUCAGGAGUUUUUGGCUGCUCUUCACGUCCAUCUGACCUUCAUCAACUCUGGAGUCAACCUGAUGGCAGAACAACAAACAACUUCCUUGUGGUCUAAAUUGUUCAGAGGCAGACCUGAACAUUUCUACCAGAGUGCUGUGGACAAGGCCUUAGAGAGUCCAAAUGGACACCUGGACCUGUUCCUCCGCUUCCUCCUGGGUCUUUCACUGCCAACCAAUCAGUCUCUUCUACAAGGUCUGGUGACACAGACAGGAAGCAGUUCACAAUCCAAUCAGGAAACAGUCCAGUUCAUCAAGAAGAAGAUCAGUGAGAAUCUGUCUCCAGAGAGAAGCAUCAAUCUGUUCCACUGUCUUAAUGAACUGAAGGAUGGUUGUCUAGAGGAGGAGAUCCAACGGUGGCUGAGUUCAGAACGUCUGUCCCCAUAUGAAUACGCUCCUUGUCACUGGUCAGCUCUGUGCUUCAUGUUGCUGUCAUCAGAGGAAGAUCUGGAGGUGUUUGACUUCAAGAAAUAUUCACCUUCAGAGGAGGCUCUUCUGAGGCUGCUGCCAGUGGUCAAAGUCUCCACCAAGGCUCUGCUAAGUUGCUGCAAUCUGUCAGAGAGAAGCUGUGAAGCUCUGUCUUCAGUUCUGAGCUCUCCGUCCUCCAGUCUGAGGGAGCUGGACCUGAGUAACAACGACCUGCAGGACUCAGGAGUGAAGCUGCUCUGUGUUGGACUGGAGAGUCCAAAUUGUAGACUGGAAGUUCUCAGGUUGUCAGGCUGUCUGAUCACAAAGAAAGGAUGCACUUCUCUGGUGUCUGCUCUGAGAUCCAACCCAUCUCAUCUGAGAGAGCUGGACCUGAGCUACAAUAAUCCAGGAGACUUAGGAGUGAAGCUGCUUUCUGAUGGAAAGGAUGAUCCUAGCUGGAGACUGGAAACUCUGAGGAUGGAGCACGGUGGAUCACAGUCAAUGAAAUCUGGUCUGAAGAAGUAUGCCCGUAAACUCACACUGGACCCAAACACAGCAAACAGAAAACUUACACUGUCCGACAACAACAGGAAGGUGACAGUGGUGAAAGAGACGCAGUCGUAUCCUGAUGAUCCAGAGAGAUUUGACUACUGGAAACAGGUGCUGUGCACCAGAGGUCUGAAUGGUCGCUGUUACUGGGAGGUCGAGUGGAAAGGACAUGUUUACAUAGCAGUGGCUUACAAAGGAAUAAAAAGGAGAGGAAACAGUGAAGACUGCUGUCUGGGAAUGAAUGAUCAGUCCUGGAGUCUGAGCUGCUCCGAUAGUGCUUACUCUAUCCUGCACAGUAACAGGCAAGUGUCCAUCCCUGUGCCUCCCACAAACAAAGUGGGAGUGUACCUGGACUGGGAUGCUGGCACUUUGUCCUUCUACGGAGUCUCCACUGAUAAACUGACCCACAUCUAUACCUUGUACACCACAUUCACUGAGCUGGUCUACCCUGCCUUCAGGGUCAGGAUGGACCCGUCAAACUCGUCAAUGUCUUUGUGUUAGAUCCAGUAAAACGUCACCUCCUUUUCUCUUUCUGAGUGGGUUUUGGAUUAUGAUAAAUCUUGAGAGAGAUGAGGUCGAAUACGUCAAUGGUGACAAAGACUAAAAAGCUGAGUGAUAAUCUACUAACUGCUAACACCUGCAAUCAAUAUGUGCUCUAUUUAAAGGUCCAAUGCGUAAAAAUUAGUGGUAUCUAGCUGUGAAGUUGCAGAACUGAAACCUCUCCUAUGUGCCAUGUGUGUAGGGGAGAGUUUUUUUGCCCAACAGGAAGUCAGCCAUCUUGGAUUGGACAUAUUUGUAAUUGGGUAUAAUUAGCUCCACCCACCCAGCUGUUGGACAUUUUUAAUUAUUAAUAAUUUAAUUAAUAAUUUAAUUUAAUGGGCAUUUAAGUUUAAGCAAACUUGAUAGAACUCCCCCUAGAGGGUUCGUCAGAUUCGUUUCAGAUUAGGGGGAUGUAACCCUCCAACUUAUCUUACACUUAAUUGCGAAGGAAAAGUCAAUAGCUCCAACGAUGAUGUCAAAGGUCAUGUGAGAACACGCCAUUGCCAGCACUGUACAGGUGUGGAACCUAAUGAAUCCUAGAGGAUUUAACACAUCCAUCUCAACGUUUGGCUGCAGAAUCUGAAGACCUUCAAAAUGCCAAAUUGCAAAGCGUUUGUGUUUUUGAGGAAUUGCUUUGCUAUGGAAGCCAAGCUAAUUUCUAUGUUUCAACAUGACACAGGAAGCUGUUGUAACGCGACUUUGCAUAAUCCAUUCUGCCCCAGAUUUCACAUGCUAGAUAAGAGUCUAGGGGUCCGUCCCAAGUCUUAUUUUUAUAGUGCUACUGCUAGCUCCUCGCUUGAACCGGAAGUUGUUCGAGGUCCGCCAUCUUCUAGGCCGUCCCAAGUCUCUUAUUUGUGCAGCGAGGAGCUAGCCCUAGGAGCUAGCAGCGAGCUUUAAGCAGCUACGAGCUAGGAUGGUCGAGAGCUUCCUAUCUGGAAGAGUUUUUCAGCUGAACACCAUGACGUAUAAAUACCCGCCCUCUACAUCUGGCACAUUUGAACGAGAUGGCGGAGAAACAGUACAAGAGUAAGUACCCGUUACAUGCAUUCUUUGCAAAGAAUCGCUGACUGUGUUGAACGAUGGUGAGUUAAUUGAAUGAUAGUGCUCAUCACAGUGACAGUGGAAUAGCAGGGCUACAGACCUUUCUGUAAUUGCACAAACUUCGACAAAUGACUCAAUAACAAUGGUAAUACAUGCAAAAGUGUGUGACCAUAGUCAUGACAGCGGUGAAUAUAAUGACACUUGGGAUGUACCCAUAGUAACGCCAGACGCUGGCUGCUUUAAGGAGCAGAUCCAGCGGUGCCGCCGUCAUCAGGAAUGGACGUCGCUUCACAUGACGCUUCAGUGGAAAGGACGUCUCAUGUCUCUUAAACCGACAAUGCUCGCUCAUCGCUCCUAGCGCUAGCUCCUCACAUUUUUUCCUAGGUGGGAGGGGCUAAACAGCUAGCAAAUUCGGCUAGGUAAGAUAACUAGCAGUAAUUUAAGAGACUUGGGACAGACCCUAGGUCUGAAGACAUCUACAUGACAAUAUGAAUUCAUCAUCAUAGCGCCACCCACUGACAACAGGAAGUCAGCCUCAUGUGGAAAAGAUCAUCAGAGUUACAUGAAGUUAAUAUGGUGUGGUAUACAUAUGAUAUACAGCAACAUGAUCUAUCAUUAGUGUGUGCUCUAUAGUGCCACAUAGUGGAUACAGGAAGUGGCCCAAAAUUUGCAGUAGGUCAUUUCCACAUACUCCAAGGAAGAAGUAAGGCCCAAUUCCAAUCCGGCCCCUAAAGACUCAAGCCCUGGACCCUCACUGACUUAACUGACGUCAGCUGUAAGUGAUUGAGUGUGAGAGUCUGAAAGGGCUCCGGAUGCUACAAAUAGGAAUGGGACAGCACUUAUCCCCCUCUCUACAAAAUGUUAUUAACAUUGGCGGCUCUGGGCGUGAUCAUUUAUCGGUUAUUGUCAUCAUAUAUUCCACAAACA